CUAAUUUUUUAUAUUUUUAGUAGAGAUGGGGUUUUACUAUGUUAGCCAGGAUGGUCUCGAUCUCCUGACCUUGUGAUCCACCCGCCUUGGCCUCCCAAAGUGAAACUUUUCUUUAAAAUAGAGAUGGGAUCUUGCUGUAUUGCCCAGGCUGGUCUCAGACUCCUUGCCUUAAGCAGUCCUCCCACCUCAGCCUCCUAAAGUGCUGGGAUUACAAGCGUGAAGCAUUACAUCCAAGUGAAACUUCUUGAGAUAGUUACAUAAUGUUUAAAUCUGGUGGUGUAGAAGUUAAUAAAGUGUAGAACUGAAUAAAUAUUAAAUAUUAGAUCAAGUUUCUCAUGUUUACCUUAACGUAUAAAGAUUUAUGUUAAAGCACUGUUUUUCACAAAAUAACAUCAGUGUGAAAUUGGAAAAGAAGCCAAAUAUUUUAUUUCAUGUAUCUGGGAAAUGAGGUGCUUUAGUCAACUGAAUCUGCCCAAAACUAAAAAGCAUUAAUUAAAAAGUACUUAACUCAGAAAUUAUAAAAAUAGGAGACAUCAAUGAAAUACAUUCUACACAGAAUACGCCAACCAUACACUACUCUUUCUUGAUAAUAAAAAAUGUAUUUACUGAGCCAGUUGUGGUGGCUCACCCCUAUAAUCCCAGCACCUUGGAAGGCCAAUGAGAGUGGAUCAGUUGAGGCCAGGAGUUUGAGACCAGCCUGGCCAACAUGGCGAAAUGCCGUCUCUACUAAGAAUACAAAAAUGAGCCGGGCACGGUGGCACGCACCUGUAAUCCCAGGUACUCCGAAGGAUGAGGCAGGAUAAUUGUUUGAACUCAGGAGGUGGAGGUUGCAGUGAGCCGAAAUCAUGCCACUGCACUCCAGCCUGGGUGACAGAGUGAGUCUCUGUCUCAAAAAAAAAAAGGAAAAGAAAAAAAGUCAGUUGCAGUGGCUCACACCUGUAAUCCCAGCACUUUGGAUGCCGAGGCAGGCGGAUUACAAGGUCAGGAGAUCGAGACCAUCCUGGCCAACAUGGUGAAACCUCCUCUCUACUAAAAAUGCAAAAAUUAGGCUGGGCACGGUGGCUCACACCUGUAAUCCCAGCACUUUGGGAGGCCGAGGCGUGGAGAUCACGAGGUCAGGAGAUUGAGACCAUCCUGGCUAACACAGUGAAACCCUGUCUCUACUAAAAAUACAAAAAAUUAGCUGGACGUGGUGGCAGGCAUCUGUAGUCCCAGCUACUUGGGAGGCUGAGGCAGGACAAUGGCGUGAACCCGGGAGGUGGAGCUUGCAGUGAGCCGAGAUCCCACCACUGCACUCCAGCUUAGGCGACAGAGCCAGACUGUGUCUCAAAAACAGGAAAGAAAACAAAAGAAAAUUUGGACUAUUGCCAAUUACAAAUAUUUUUAGAGAAGAAUUCAAAACAGUAACUGUGGAUGAUGGAAACAAUAGUUAUGAUAAAAGUCUGAUGAAACUUCCCAGUUCACAAGGAAAUUUAAUUAUGUGCAGCAUUUUAAGACAGUAAUGAGAAUCAUGACUGACAGCAUCAUAUCAGGGCCACCAGACUUUUAUAAAUUUCAUAAAAUCUUCAGAAAUAAUUAAUAACUUUUUUUUUUUUUUUAAGAUAGAUUUUACUUCUGUCACCCAGGCGGGAGUGCAGUGGCAUGAUCUCGGCUCACUGCAAUCUCCGCCUCCUGGGUUCAAGCAAUUCUCCUGUCUCAGCCUCCCGAGUAGCUGAGACUACAGGCAUGUGCCACCAGGCAUGGCUAAUUUUUGUAUUUUUAGUGGAGACAGGGUUUCACUCUAUUAGGCUGGUCUGGAACUCCCGACCUCAGGUGAUCCACCUGCCUUUGUCUCCCAAAGUGCUGGGGUUACAGGCAUGAGUGACGGUGCCCAGCCAUUCAUGACAUGUUUAUACAAAUAUAAUUUUAGCAAAUAUUUAGCAUAACUAUCAAAAUUACAAAUCAUAUUAAAUUUGCAUAAAUGUAUGCAAUUUUUGGAACACGUAUAUCAACAACAUACCCAUAAAUAUAACUGAGAUGAGAUCUAAUGUCACCUCACUUGACAGUGCCCUCCCAUGCAGUAUCGCCACAUUUGACAAUGCCUGCCCAUUUAAUCUACCAAAUAAAUCGAAUCACUUAAUACCUCUACAAGAUGAGAGAUACAUUCUUUAGACUCCCCAAGGGAUGCAGCUGAAAAAAUCCCAAAGUUAGUUUUAAGCCAAAAAGACUUGAUUUAGGAUUUUGACACUGGAGAAACCCAUCAAAGACGUCAAGUUUGAAAACACUUGAUCAAAACAGAAUCACAGGUCACUAUUAAAAGAGUAUUAAUUUAACCAGAGACUUCCAAAGCAAUACAGAAACUUACAUGGAUAGAAACACCUUAACCCUUUUGAAGGUCAGAUUUGCUAAGUGAUCAAAAGGGGUACUUGAAUUGAAUCGACACAGGAAGAGUGUGUACAGGGUUAUGAGUGUAGGCAAAUGGUUACUUUGGUCAUAUCUCCAUUUGCCACCUGAUUACACAUGAGAAUGGCAUCUUUACUCACCAGAAAGCCAGUAUUAUGGGAGGUGUAGGAGGCAUUCUUGGACUUGAGACAAGAACAUUGUUGUGUAGAAAUUUCAUUGACUGUGUUAAAAUUAUUCUCCAUGGGCUGGAGAACACAUAACGUGGCGUUUAGAAUGAGACGGGCAUUGAUUGGAUGCAAGGUCUCCACACUUACUAGCUGUGUGACAUUGGACAAAGUGCUUCAUCAUUCUGAGACUCAGUUUUUAAAGGAUAAACAACUAACUACCUUGCAAGCUUGCUAGCAGGUUUAAGUGUAAUAAUGUGUGGGAAUGACUGCACCGUGACUAACACGUAGUGACAGCUUAAUUAAUGUUAACCCUUAUCAUUAUCAUAUAAGAAUGUGAGUUACAUAAGAGAGGAAUCCUGUCAGUUCGUUCUCUGCUGUGUCCCCAAGACCGUGAAUCAUGGCUGGCACGUAGUAGGCAUUUAAUAAUAUUUGUUCAACAAGUAUUUGGCAGUCUUGGAGGGCAGAAAAGGAGGUGGGGAAGAUUUUUAAAUAACAUUUUUUAAAAAGUCACAUUGUCCUACAAUACCAAUUUUUCUUGCAUAUUUAGGAAAUUGAGGGUUUUUUCCUAAAACAUGCGGACAUAUGGGAAAUAGGAUGCAACAUUUGCACUAAUGUUUCAGACACAGUUAGAGGUUUCCAAGAGAUUUUGCGCUGGGGAGGCUGCUUGCUACAAGCUCCCAAAGCUCUGGGAGGACAUAGUAUUCAUUCCUCCCUCAGCAGAAGCGGUGAGGCAAGAAGCGCUGGGGAGCCCCCAGCCUUGGACUUUUAGCAUAGUGUGUCAGGUCUUCAUAGUUUGGGCCCAGGGCACAGAGAAGUCACAGCUCUCCGGCAUCCUGUGACCUUUACCCUCUUUGCCAAGGGAAAAUGUGGCCCUCCAAAGCAAGAAACUUGAGGGCAUAGGUCACCCCAGCCCUGGCAUCUGCCCAGAGCCCGAGAAGGAAGGAACAAUGAUCCUCCAGCUACCUCAAAGGGCUGGCACAGGUGGCCACUGCCCUGGCAUCACCCAGCUGUGUUCGGCAGCCUGAACCCCAUCUGUGGGGAUGUGAGGAGGAAAAUACAAAAGUCCUUAGGUGAACACUGAGAAGGCAGAUGCAGCAGAAGCCUCCAGGCCGGAACUACCCAGUCUUGGACCUAUGGUGGAGAUAGAGCAUAGGUGGCGAUCAUGUGUCCUUACACUGUAAGGUCACCUGGUUGCACUAUGGCCUCAUCUGUGGCUCUGAAAAUGAAGAUUUGGAAGGAGAUCAUCACAGCUAAUGUUUAACAAGCCCCUCCUGUGUGCCAAAUCAUUCACCCCUCACAACCACCGAAUGAGCUAAGGAUUCUCGUUAUAUAUAGUUUAUGGAGAAGGAAGUGCAGACAUAAAGAGGUGAAUUAUCUUACCCAGAUCGCACAGCUGAUAAGUGGUGGAGGCAGAAUAGAAUCUAAACAGUGUGGCUCCGGAGCCCACAUGCAUUGAUUCGACAAGUGUUUAUUGAGCACCUGCCACGGACAAGGCCUUGUGUGAUGAAAUAGGGUUAUAAUUAGUAAUAUAAAAAUGAGAAAUCACUAAUGCUUUUUAGACUUAACAUUUUCUUUUUUUGUAGGUUUCAGGCACAGAACUGUAUAUCCAAUAAUAGUGAAAUGGAUCCCACUAAUUAUGACCGAAAUGAUGAUACAUUUAAAUGACUUGGAUGUUUUAUAGGUAUGAUCUCGUGAAACCUUGAGAGAAACUGAAUGACGAAUGAAACUGUUGUUCCUGUUUCACACAGAAGAAAACUGAGGUUAAAAGGGGUUGGCACUCAUCAUGAGCCCCUGUUCUCAUUCUGCAAAUGGUGAAGCUCUCUAUUGUCCUGACCCCACAGUUCCUGUCCCAUGACCAGGGCCAGCUCACCAAGGAGCUGCAGCAGCACGUAAAGUCAGUGACAUGCCCAUGCGAGUACCUGAGGAAGUGACCUUGAGGAACCCUGGGAGCUCAGGAAGGAAGGAGCGCCCAGAAGCAGGGACAGGGAGCUGGUUGGGGAGGACCAGAAAUCAGGUUAUCAAUACUCUGGCUGACCAUCAUCAUCGUGGGACUGACUUUGGUGGAAGUCCUUGGUUAGAUAUCAUUAUUGAAUUUCCGAGAAGUUAUAAAGUUGUCAUUAUCCUCUGGACAGUUUACCUUUGGUUGUCUUUCCUGAAGACUAUCUUCCAGUCUGAAAAUGGACAUGAUGGAUCCACAGAUGUACAGCAGAGAGCCUGGAGGUCCAACCGCCGUAGACAGGAAGGAAAUAAAAUUGGCCGGAAGGACGUCAUUACUCUGUGGAGACAUGUGAAAACAAAAGUUAGAGCUAAAAUCCGUAAGAUGAAGGUGACAACGAAAAUCAACCAUCAUGACAAAAUCAAUGGAAAGAGGAAGACCACCAAAAAACAGAAAAUGUUUCAACGUGCGCAAGAGUUGCGGCGGCGGGCAGAGGACUACCACAAACGCAAAAUCCCCCCUUCUGCAAGAAAGCCUCUUUGCAACUGGGUCAGAAUGGCGGCAGCGGAGCAUCGUCAUUCUUCAGGAUUGCCCCACUGGCCCUACCUCACAGCUGAAACUUUAAAAAACAGGAUGGGCCACCAGCCACCUCCUCCAACUCAACAACAUUCUAUAACUGAUAACUCCCUGAGCCUCAAGACACGUGCCGAGUGUCUGGUCUAUCCCCUUCCACCCUCAGCGGAUGAUAAUCUCACGACGCCUCCCGAGUGUUUCCUCACUCCUCUUCCACCCUCAGCUCCACCCUCAGCUCCACCCUCAGCGGAUGAUAAUCUCAAGACACCUCCCUUAGCUACUCAGGAGGCUGAGGCAGAAAAACCACCCAAACCCGAGAGACAGAGGGCCGCUGACGUGGAACCACCACCGAAACCCGAGAGGCGGAGGGCCGGUGACGUGCAACCAUCACGGAAACCCGAGAGGCGGAGGGCCGCUGACGUGCAACCAUCACGGAAACCCGAGAGGCGGAGGGCCGCUGACGUGCAACCAUCACGGAAACCCGAGAGGCGGAGGGCCGCUGACGUGCAACCAUCACGGAAACCCGAGAGGCGGAGGGCCGCUGACGUCGAACCAGCACCGAAACCCGAGAGGCGGAGGGCCGCAGUGGAUGAUAAGACACCUGCCGAGUUUCUGGUCUAUCCUCUUCCACCCUCAGCGGAUGAUAAUCUCGAAACGCCUCUCGAGUGUCUCCUCACUCCUCUUCCACCCUCACCUCCAUCCUCAGCGGAUGAUAAGACACCUGCCGAGUUUCUGGUCUAUCCCCUUCCACCCUCAGCGGAUGAUGAUCUCGAAAUGCCUCUCGAGUGUCUCCUCACUCCUCUUCCACCCUCACCUCCAUCCUCAGCUCCACCCUCAGCGGAUGAUGAUCUCGAAAUGCCUCUCGAGUGUCUCCUCACUCCUCUUCCACCCUCACCUCCAUCCUCAGCUCCACCCUCAGCGGAUGAUGAUCUCGAAAUGCCUCUCGAGUGUCUCCUCACUCCUCUUCCACCCUCACCUCCAUCCUCAGCUCCACCCUCAGCGGAUGAUGAUCUCGAAAUGCCUCUCGAGUGUCUCCUCACUCCUCUUGCACCCUCACCUCCAUCCUCAGCUCCACCCUCAGCGGAUGAUGAGACACCUGCCGAGUUUGUGGUCUAUCCCCUUCCACCCUCAGCGGAUGAUGAUCUCGAAAUGCCUCUCGAGUGUCUCCUCACUCCUCUUCCACCCUCACCUCCAUCCUCAGCUCCACCCUCAGCGGAUGAUGAUCUCGAAAUGCCUCUCGAGUGUCUCCUCACUCCUCUUCCACCCUCACCUCCAUCCUCAGCUCCACCCUCAGCGGAUGAUGAUCUCGAAAUGCCUCUCGAGUGUCUCCUCACUCCUCUUCCACCCUCACCUCCAUCCUCAGCUCCACCCUCAGCGGAUGAUGAUAUCGAAAUGCCUCUCGAGUGUCUCCUCACUCCUCUUCCACCCUCACCUCCAUCCUCAGCUCCACCCUCAGCGGAUGAUGAGACACUUGCCGAGUUUGUGGUAUAUCUCCUUCCACCCUCAGCGGAUGAUGAUCUCGAAACGCCUCUCGAGUGUCUCCUCACUCCUCUUGCACCCUCACCUCCAUCCUCAGCUCCACCCUCAGCGGAUGAUGAGACACCUGCCGAGUUUGUGGUCUAUCCCCUUCCACCCUCAGCGGAUGAUGAUCUCGAAAUGCCUCUCGAGUGUCUCCUCACUCCUCUUCCACCCUCACCUCCAUCCUCAGCCCACCCUCAGCGGAUGAUGAUCUCGAAAUGCCUCUCGAGUGUCUCCUCACUCCUCUUCCACCCUCACCUCCAUCCUCAGCUCCACCCUCAGCGGAUGAUGAUCUCGAAAUGCCUCUCGAGUGUCUCCUCACUCCUCUUCCACCCUCACCUCCAUCCUCAGCUCCACCCUCAGCGGAUGAUGAUCUCGAAAUGCCUCUCGAGUGUCUCCUCACUCCUCUUCCACCCUCACCUCCAUCCUCAGCUCCACCCUCAGCGGAUGAUGAUCUCGAAAUGCCUCUCGAGUGUCUCCUCACUCCUCUUCCACCCUCACCUCCAUCCUCAGCUCCACCCUCAGCGGAUGAUGAGACACUUGCCGAGUUUGUGGCAUAUCUCCUUCCACCCUCAGCGGAUGAUGAUCUCGAAAUGCCUCUCGAGUGUCUCCUCACUCCUCUUCCACCCUCACCUCCAUCCUCAGCUCCACCCUCAGCGGAUGAUGAGACACCUGCCGAGUUUGUGGUAUCCCCUUCCACCCUCAGCGGAUGAUAAUCUCGAAACGCCUCUCGAGUGUCUCCUCACUCCUCUUCCACCCUCACCUCCAUCCUCAGCAGAUAAGACACCUGCCGAGUUUCUGGUCUAUCCCCUUCCACCCUCAGCGGAUGAUGAUCUCGAAAUGCCUCUCGAGUGUCUCCUCACUCCUCUUCCACCCUCACCUCCAUCCUCAGCUCCACCCUCAGCGGAUGAUGAGACACCUGCCGAGUUUGUGGUCUAUCCCCUUCCACCCUCAGCGGAUGAUGAUCUCGAAAUGCCUCUCGAGUGUCUCCUCACUCCUCUUCCACCCUCACCUCCAUCCUCAGCUCCACCCUCAGCGGAUGAUGAGACACUUGCCGAGUUUGUGGUCUAUCUCCUUCCACCCUCAGCGGAUGAUGAUCUCGAAACGCCUCUCGAGUGUCUCCUCACUCCUCUUCCACCCUCAUCUCCAUCCUCAGCUCCACCCUCAGUGGAUGAUAAGACACCUGACGAGUUUGUGGUCUAUCCGCUUCCACCCUCAGUGGAUGAUAAUCUCGAAACGCCUCUCGAGUGUCUCCUCACUCCUCUUCCACCCUCACCUCCAUCCUCAGCGGAUGAUAAGACACCUGCCGAGUUUCUGGUCUAUCCCCUUCCACCCUCAGCGGAUGAUGAUCUCGAAACGCCUCUCGAGUGUCUCCUCACUCCUCUUCCACCCUCAGCUCCACCCUCAGCUCCACCCUCAGUGGAUGAUAAUCUCAAGACACCUCCCUUAGCUACUCAGGAGGCUGAGGCAGAAAAACCACCGAAACCCGAGAGGCGGAGGGCCACUGACGUGGAACCACCACACAAACCCGAGAGGCGGAGGGCUGCUGACCUGGAAUCGCCACUGAAACCCGAGAGGCGGAGCGGCGCUGACGCGCAGCCAUCACGGAAACCCGAGAGGCGGAGGGCCGCUGACCUGGAAUCACCACCGAAACCCGAGAGGCGGAGCACCGCUGACGUGCAACCAUCACCGAAACCCGAGAGGCGGAGCACCGCUGACGCGCAGCCAUCACCGAAACCCGAGAGGCGGAGCGCCGCUGACCUGGAAUCACCACCGAAACCCGAGAGGCGGAGCGCCGCUGACGCGCAGCCGUCGCCAAAACCCGAGAGGCGGAGCGCCGCUGACGCGCAGCCGUCGCCGAAACCCGAGAGGCGGAGCGCCGCUGACGCGCAGCCGUCGCCGAAACCCGAGAGGCGGAGCUCCGCUGACGCGCAGCCUUCGCCGAAACCUGAGAGGCGGAGGGCCGCUGACCUGGAAUCGCCACCGAAACCCGAGAGGCGGAGCGCCGCUGACGCGCAGCCAUCACCGAAACCUGAGAGGCGGAGCGCUGCUGACCUGGAAUCACCACCGAAACCCGAGAGGCGGAGCGCCGCUGAGGCGCAGCCGUCGCCGAAACCCGAGAGGCGGAGCGCCGCUGAGGCGCAGCCAUCGCCGAAACCUGAGAGGCGGAGCGCCGCUGACCUGGAAUCACCACCGAAACCCGAGAGGCGGAGCGCCGCUGAGGCGCAGCCGUCGCCGAGACCCGAGAGGCGGAGCGCCGCUGACCUGGAAUCACCAUCGAAACCCGAGAGGCGGAGGGCCGCUGACGCGCAAGCAUCACCGAAACCCGAGAGGCGGAGCGCCGUUGACGCGCAGCCGUCGCCGAAACCCGAGAGGCGGAGCGCCUCUGACGCGCAGCCGUCGCCGAAACCCGAGAGGUGGAGCGCCGCUGACACGCAGCCAUCACCGAAACCUGAGAGGCGGAGCGCCGCUGACGCGCAACCAUCACCGAAACCCGAGAGGCGGAGGACCGCUGACCUGGAAUCACCACUGAAACCCGAGAGGCGGAGGGCCGCUGACCUGGAAUCACCACCGAAACCCGAGAGGCGGAGCGCCGCUGACGCGCAACCAUCACCGAAACCCGAGAGGCAGAGCGCCGCUGACGCGCAGCCGUCGCCGAAACCCGAGAGGCGGAGCGCCGCUGAGGCGCAGCCGUCGCCGAAACCUGAGAGGCAGAGCGCCGCUGACCUGGAAUCACCACCGAAACCCGAGAGGCGGAGCGCCGCUGAGGCGCAGCCGUCGCCGAAACCCGAGAGGCGGAGUGCUGCUGACCUGGAAUCACCACCGAAACCCGAGAGGCGGAGGGCCGCUGACGCGCAAGCAUCACCGAAACCCGAGAGGCGGAGCGCCUCUGGCGCGCAGCCGUCGCCGAAACCCGAGAGGCGGAGGGCCGCUGACCUGGAAUCACCACCGAAACCCGAGAGGCAGAGCGCCGCUGACGCGCAGCCAUCACUGAAACCCGAGAGGCGGAGUGCCGCUGACGCGCAGCCGUCGCCGAAACCCGAGAUGCGGAGCGCCGCUGAGGCGCAGCCGUCGCCGAAACCCGAGAGGCGGAGCGCCGCUGAGGCGCAGCCGUCGCCGAAACCCAAGAGGCGGAGCGCCGCUGAGGCGCAGCCGUCGCCGAAACCUGAGAGGCGGAGCGCCGCUGACCUGGAAUCACCACCGAAACCCGAGAGGUGGAGCGCCGCUGACGCGCAGCCAUCACCGAAACCUGAGAGGCAGAGCGCCGCUGACGCGCAGCCAUCACUGAAACCCGAGAGGCGGAGUGCCACUGACGCGCAGCCGUCGCCGAAACCCGAGAUGCGGAGCGCCGCUGAGGCGCAGCCGUCGCCGAAACCCGAGAGGCGGAGCGCCGCUGAGGCGCAGCCGUCGCCGAAACCCGAGAGGCGGAGCGCCGCUGAGGCGCAGCCGUCGCCGAAACCCGAGAGGCGGAGCGCCGCUGAGGCGCAGCCGUCGCCGAAACCCGAGAGGCGGAGGGCCGCUGACGCGCAAGCAUCACCAAAACCCGAGAGGCGUAGGGCUGCUGACGCGCAACCAUCACCGAAACCCGAGAGGCAGAGGGCCGCUGACCUGGAAUCACCACCGAAACCCGAGAGGCGGAGCGCCGCUGACGCGCAACCAUCACCGAAACCCGAGAGGCGGAGGACCGCUGACCUGGAAUCACCACUGAAACCCGAGAGGCGGAGGGCCGCUGACCUGGAAUCACCACCGAAACCUGAGAGGCGGAGCGCUGCUGACGCGCAACCAUCACCGAAACCCGAGAGGCAGAGCGCCGCUGACGCGCAGCCAUCACCGAAACCCGAGAGGCGGAGUGCCGCUGACGCGCAGCCAUCACCGAAACCUGAGAGGCGGAAGGCUGCUGACCUGGAAUCACCACCGAAACCCGAGAGGUGGAGGGCCGCUGACAGGGAACGGCCACGCAAACCCCCACGCAAACCCAAGAGGUGGAGGGCCGCUGACAGGGAACGGCCACGCAAACCCCCACGCAAACCCAAGAGGCGGAGCGCCGCUGAGGCGCAGCCGUCGCCGAAACCCGAGAGGCGGAGCGCCACUGACGCGGAAUCUCCACGCAAACCCAAGAGGCGGAGGGCCGCUGACGUGAAACCAUCAUCACCCGAACCCAAGAGGCGGAGGGUCACUGACGUGGAACCGCCACACAAACCCAAGAGGCGGAGGGCUGCUGACGUGGGACGGCCACGCAAACCCCCACGCAAACCCAAGAGGCGGAGCGCCGCUAAGGCGCAGCCGCCGCCGAAACCCGAGAGGCGGAGCGCCGCUGACCUGCAGCCGUCGCCGAAACCCGAGAGGCGGAGCGCCGCUGACGCGCAGCCGUCGCCGAAACCCGAGAGGCGGAGCGCCGCUGACGCGCAGCCGUCGCCGAAACCCGAGAGGCGGAGCGCCGCUGAGGCGCAGCCGUCGCCGAAACCCGAGAGGCGGAGCGCCGCUGACGCGCAGCCGUCGCCAAAACCCGAGAGGCGGAGCGCCGCUGACCUGCAGCCGUCGCCGAAACCCGAGAGGCGGAGCGCCGCUGACGCGCAGCCGUCGCCGAAACCCGAGAGGCGGAGCGCCGCUGAGGCGCAGCCGUCGCCGAAACCCGAGAGGCGGAGCGCCGCUGACGCGCAGCCUUCGCCGAAACCUGAGAGGCGGAGCGCUGCUGAGCUGGAAUCACCACCGAAACCCGAGAGGCGGAGCGCCGCUGAGGCGCAGCCGUCGCCGAAACCCGAGAGGCGGAGUGCCGCUGAGGCGCAGCCGUCGCCGAAACCUGAGAGGCGGAGCGCCGCUGACCUGGAAUCACCACCGAAACCCGAGACGCGGAGCGCCGCUGACCUGGAAUCACCACCGAAACCCGAGACGCGGAGCACCGCUGACGCGCAGCCAUCAUCGAAACCUGAGAGGCGGAGCGCCGCUGACCUGGAAUCACCACCGAAACCCGAGAGGCAGAGCGCUGCUGACGCGCAGCCGUCGCCGAAAUCUGAGAGGCGGAGCGCCGCUGACGCGCAGCCGUCGCCGAAACCCGAGAGGCGGAGCGCCGCUGACGCGGAACCGCCUCGCAAACCCAAGAGGCGGAGGGCAGCUGACAUUGAACCAUCAUCACCCGAACCCAAGAGGCGGAGGGUCGGUGACGUGGAACUGCCACGCAAACCCAAGAGGCCGAGGGCUGCCGACGUGGAACCAUCAUUACCUGAACCCAAGAGGCGGAGAGUCGGUGACGUGGAACUGCCACGCAAACGCAAGAGGCCGCCGGCCGCCGACGUGGAACCAUCAUUACCCGAACCCAAGAGGCGGAGGGUCGGUGACGUGCAACCAUCAUCACCCGGACGCAAGAGGCGGAGGUUGAAUUAGCUGAGAACAGGCCAUUGCACUCAAGCCUGAGCAGUAAAAAUAAAACUGAGUAGAACAAAAUAAAAAGAUCAAAAAACAAAACCCACACUCCAAAAACAAAGAAUAAAUAAAUAAUAUAAAAAUAAAAUAAAUACUGCAGUC